CGGCGCCGCGCGUCACUGCCGCGCUGUUCCCACCCAGCCCCGUUUCUGCGCUUUGCGGCCGCGGCCCGGCCUUCUCCCCGCGCUCUCCAAGAUGGCGGUGUCCGGGACGCUGUACACGUACCCCGAGAACUGGCGCGCCUUCAAGGCGCUGAUCGCGGCGCAGUACUCGGGCGCGCGGCUGCGCGUGCUCUCAACACCGCCGCUCUUCCGCUUCGGCCACACCAACCGCAGCCCCGAGUUCCUGCAGAAGUUCCCACUGGGAAAGGUCCCGGCCUUCGAGGGCGACGACGGAUUCUGUGUCUUCGAGAGCAACGCCAUCGCCUACUACGUGAGCACGGACGAGCUGCGGGGCAGCACCCCCGAGGCCGCGGCGGCCGUGCUGCAGUGGGUGAACUUCGCCGACAGCGACGUCGUCCCCCCGGCCAGCACCUGGGUGUUCCCCACGCUGGGCAUCCUGCACUACAACAAACAGGCCACGGAGGUGGCGAAGGAGGAGGUGCGCCGGGUGCUGGGGGUGCUGGACGGGCACCUGCGGACCCGAACGUUCCUGGUGGGCGAGAGGGUGAGCCUGGCAGACAUCAGCCUGGUCUGCGCCCUGCUCUGGCUCUACAAACAGGUGCUGGACCCCGCGUUCCGCGGCCCCUUUGGCAACGUCACGCGCUGGUUCCUCACCUGCCUGAACCAGCCCCAGUUCAAGGCCGUGCUGGGCGAGGUGCAGCUGUGCCAGCGGAUGGCGCAGUUCGACGCCAAGAAGUUUGCGGAGGGGCAGGCGCGGCGGGAGAAGGAGAAGGAGCCCCCCAGGAAGGGGGAGAAGGAGAAGGAGCCCCCCAAGAAGGGGGAGAAGCCCCCCAAGAGGGAGGAGAAGCGGCCGGAGCCCGAGCAGGACCUGGACGAGUGCGAGCAGGUCCUGGCAGCCGAGCCCAAGGCCAAGGACCCCUUCGCCCACCUGCCCAGGAGUCCGUUUGUCCUGGACGAGUUCAAGCGCAAAUACUCCAACGAGGACACGCUGGGGGUGGCCCUGCCGCACUUCUGGGAGCACUUUGACCGCGAGGGCUGGUCCCUGUGGUACUGCCAGUACCGCUACCCCGAGGAGCUGAGCCAGACCUUCAUGAGCUGCAACCUCAUCACGGGGAUGUUCCAGCGCCUGGACAAGCUGCGCAAGAACGCCUUUGCCUCGGUGGUGCUGUUUGGGAAGGACCACGACAGCAGCAUCUCGGGGGUCUGGGUGCUGCGGGGGCAGGAGCUGGCCUUCACGCUGUGCCCGGACUGGCAGGUGGAUUACGAGUCCUACACCUGGCGCAAGCUGGACCCCGACAGCGCCGAGUGCCGGACGCUGGUGACGGAAUAUUUCAGCUGGGAGGGCGAAUUCCGGCACGUGGGCAAACCCUUCAACCAGGGCAAGAUCUUCAAGUGAAUUUGGGCUGAAAUCCCGGGAUUUUGGGAAUUAAAUCCCAGAGUUUGGGGCUGAAAUUCCAGGGUUUGGAGCCCUUCAACCAGGGCAAGAUCUUCAAGUGAAUUUGGGCUGAAAUCCCGGGAUUUUGGGGCUGAAAUUCCAGGGUUUCAGGGCCCUUGGAGAUCUGCAAGCGAAUUCAGGUUCAAACUCCAGAAUUUUGGGCUCAAAUCUCAGCAUUUCGGGGCCCUUCAACCACUUCAGGAUCUUCAAGUGAAAUUUGGGCUGAAAUCCCAGGAUUUUGGGCUCGAAUCCCAGGAUUUUGGGCUCGAAUCCCAGGAUUUUGGGCUCAAAUCCCAGGAUUUCAGGGCCCUUUGAGCACAGCAAGAUCUCCCGGUGACCCCCUGGAAUUUUGGGCUGAAACCCCGGGAUUUCGGGGCCCUCCAGCCCCGAUCCAAUAAAGAAUUUGGGACAGGA